AUGCUACACACUGCCGUCCUCAGCCGCGCCCUUGCGGAACGAUGUCGAUGCGUACUAACGCAGACUCGGACCAAGAAGUACCUGCCGUUCUAUGCUAAUACUCGGAAGAACCAGGCGAAGAGGGGAAAGCAGCCGAAGUCGGAGCAGCGUAGCGACGGCCCGGCGACGGCUGCCGAGGCCGACAACACCAGGCACAACCUGGUCAGCCGGCUGGCCACCCCGGACGAGGCGCUGGAAGUGUUGCGCAGUCUGAGGUGCGCGGCGAUCAACGCGGACGUUGCUGCUGAGCAGUACCGCUUCCGCCUGUGGACAAGGGUCGAUGUUAAGCGGACGGCGUUGCGAGGCAUGGCCGUGCUUCCGCACCCAGUGGGACCCAAGCCGCGCGUGGUGGCGAUAUGCGAAGAGGAGGAGGCCACUUUGGCACUCGAGUGCGGCGCGGCGUACGCCGGACUCGACUCCAUACUGGAGCGCAUAGCCGGCGGCUGGACCAACUUCGACACGUGCGUGACGACGACGAUACACAUGCCCAAGCUCGUCAAGGUCGCGAGGAUACUCGGGCCCAAGAAGCUCAUGCCCAAUAUGAAGGAGGGUACGCUGUGCAGCAACCUGCUGGAAGCGGUGCGGCGGCUGAGCAGCUCCAAUGCCCUCCAGUUCAGGGCCACGCCCAUCGACGACGCCGAAUUCGACACCAUACAGGCGAUGGUGUCGCCACGGAAGAAGCUGGAUUUCGAGGUUGAUAACGUCGCUGCGCUGGAGGUGCCCAUUGCGCAGGGCGGCGCUACGCCGCAGGUCGUCGUAGAAAACGCGAAGCAUUUCGUCGUCGAGGUCAUGAAGCAGCGGCCACCGGCAACUGCGAAGGUGACAACGAACGAAUUCAAGUGGCCGCCCGUGCGCAAAACCGUGAACAGCAUCCUCGAAGACGCCUUUUCAACCUUGGGAACGACCCACAAGGCUGACAACCAGUUCAUUGUCGGUGGGGCAUUCGGGCUGGCCCGUCAGGGCCAGAGCAUGUCAACGCCCAUAAUCUUCGACACGGGGCUGCUGUUGUAG